CUUCGCCCCAAAAAUAAAAAAAAAAUUCAAAGAACCCCGUGCUGCGAACAGAUUCGCUUUUCAAUUGUCUAUACCAGAAUAAGCCCGUCUCCCUUGCACCAACGGGGCGAUCUCUCGACUAUGCCCAGUCAACCACCCCUCCCACCCCUCCUUGCGCCUUAUGUAUCUUCUCUGCCGCACUCCUCUCUCACAGUCCUAUCCUCCGUACUAGGCGCCACAGGGAAUUGGUUGGUAUUGCGGUUUCUUUAUGCAGCGCUAAGCGCGCCUUCCAAUCCCGAAACAGCAUUCGGGCUGAACGGAAGCAAUGGAGUGAAGAACAGAAAAGUCGUGCUUGUGAGUUUUCUGCGGGGCUGGGAAUUUUGGAGAUCCGAAGCGAAAAGAUUGGGCUUGGACCUUGCGCGUCUCACAGACAAGCGUCAAUUUGCAUUCGUCGAUGGGCUAUCCGAUCUAUUCUAUAACUCUUCAACUGCCACAGCACCUUCGCAACCCUCAUUCCCAGGCCCGACCCCUCCUCGGACAGUCCUCCCCAUACGAUCCCAGCCAGGCCCUGUCCAAGCGCGAACCCCGCACCCUGUCCCGCGGCCGGGCAAUGUCAGUGCAAACCCAGCUUCAAAGGAGAUCGGACCAGUGAAGCGACUACAGUUAUCGGGCAAUGGCACGGCAGCCCUGGAUGCACUCGAAAGAGACAUCGCUGCUGUGAUUAAAGAUUUGAAGACCCCCACACCGGGCGAGGCAGAGGAACCAGAAGUUUUAUUGAUCGUUGAUGAGCCGGAUUUACUACUUGUCGCUACAGGUCCAAGCAAGGGCAUCGGGGCUACGGAGAUGGGAGAGUGGAUUAUGGGAUUACAGGAGAAUGUCCAUGCAACGAUAUUGACGCUCGCGGCCGAUUCCCCGUUGAUACAUAAUGCAUCUGCAUCGGCCCAUCAGCUGGCAACACCCCUGGAAACUGAGCAUGCCGCGUUCGCUAUAGGUUCGGCCCAUAGGGCUCAAAUGGUCAUGCAGCUCCGUAACCUGGAAACUGGUGCGGCCAGGGAUGUAAGCGGUGUGCUAAGGAUUAGCAAAGGAGGUGCGUGGGGACAGAAUGAUGUGGGUGCAGAGGGAAACUGGGAGGAGAGAGAAGUAUUAUACUUCGGGCAGAGGGAUGGCGGCGUGAGCGCGUUUGGUAGAGGGGAAUAGGCUGCCGAGUCUGGGAAAAUUGGUGUCCAUAGAUCCAGUACGGGGCGUUAAGGCGCAUGGAAAUAGAACAGGCUCUGACAAUGGUAAAUUGCCGUAAUUCCAUAACCCAUACUAAAUAGCUCGGCCGAAAGUGGUCUAUAGAGCUAGAGAAACAAGCCCAUACGCAGCGGAGUUUGGGUGAA